AUGGAAUUUGGAGUCCUCGAUUUCUGGCAGUAUUCGUGCUCUCAAAAGGAACACGGUAGGCCGUUCGCUGAGGCUACAACUAUAGCACAACUAUAUGCGAGUGCAGCGGAACUCAAGGCGAAUGGGAAGCUUCUGAGGUCCAACAUAUGUAGAUGUAAACGCAUUAAGAUUCAAACAGAACAGUGUCACCAAGGAAGUAGACUAUGCACCUUGGCACCGAUUUUGAAGAUAUCCGGCCAUGAGAACAAAUUCAUAGAUUCAGAAAGUUUUGAGGGAAAAUUAAAGUUUUUAAUGGUCUUCAUAACGGAACUCAACCGAGAAUGGACUCAACCAUCGGGUGAUGAUAGCGGACAACACAUGCCAAGACUCUGGUCAUAUGACUUUUGUCCGAAGAAACACCGACGAGCACAUGACAAGACACGAGAACCUUCACGUUACAUACCUCCGUCGGUAGACCUCCCCCGUACAACAUCUCAACCUUUGAACAACCUGGAUGCCAAGCGGUGA